ACGACGUCUGACCGAGGCAUGAAGGCGGGGAAUGCCUUACCUGCCCGGACGCGGGCUGCUGAAGCCGGCGACAGAAGAACCAGCCGAACUGGGAAGCGCCGCGGAGGGGCGGGGCCUGUCGGGUUGGCCCCGCCCCACUUCCCUGAUGGGCUUCAUCUUGGCGCCUCCAGGCGGCUCCACAAAGUGAAAAACUCCACGUCUUGCGUAGGGCGCGUCUUUACGUGCGCGCCUGCCCCUUUAAUUACGCCCCCGUCGGAGGCUGAAACACUUAAGGCUUCCGGGCAUGCGCACAGCGUUGCGCAAAUGAAUGCCUUCCACUGAACCGAGGCACUAUUAUAGAAGAAUGGAAGAAGAUACAGAUUAUAGAAUCAGGUUUAGUUCUUUGUGUUUCUUUAAUGAUCAUGUUGGAUUUCAUGGCACUAUAAAAAGCUCACCAAGUGACUUUAUUGUUAUUGAAAUUGAUGAACAGGGACAGUUAGUUAAUAAGACCAUUGAUGAGCCUGUUUUCAAGAUUAGUGAAAUACAACCUGAGCCAAAUAAUUUUCCCAAAAAACCGAAACUAGAUCUUCAAAAUCUGUCCUUUGAAGAUGGAAGAAACCAAGAAGUUAAUACUUUGAUUAAGUACACUGAUGGUGACCAAAAUCAUCAGUCUGGUUCAGAAAAGGAAGAUACUAUUGUUGAUGGAACUUCCAAAUGUGAAGAAAAAGCUGAUGUUUUAAGCUCCUUUUUGGAUGAAAAAACUCAUGAGUUACUGAAUAAUUUUGCCUGUGAUAUAAAAGAGAAGUGGCUUUCUAAAACAGAGCUAAUUGGACUGCCUCCUGAAUUCUCAAUAGGCAGAAUCCUUGACAAAAACCAGAGGGCUAGUUUACACAGUGCCAUUAGGCAGAAAUUUCCAUUUUUAAUAACUGUAGGAAAAAACAGUGAAAUUGUUGUAAAACCAAAUCUUGAGUAUAAAGAACUUUGUCAUUUGGUAUCUGAAGAGGAAGCAUUUGACUUUUUUAAAUAUUUGGAUGCAAAGAAAGAAAAUUCCAAAUUUACCUUUAAACCUGAUGCAAACAAAGACCACAGAAAAGCUGUCCACCAUUUUGUCAACAAAAAGUUUGGAAACCUUGUGGAAACCAAAUCUUUUCCUGAAAUGAAUUGCAGUGCUGGUAAUCCGAAUGUGGUGGUAACAGUAAGAUUUCGGGAAAAAGCACACAAGCGUGGGAAAAGGCCUCUUUCUGAAUGCCAAGAAGGGAAAGUUAUAUAUACAGCUUUUACCCUACGAAAGGAAAACCUGGAAAUGUUUGAAGCAAUUGGUUUUUUAGCUAUCAAACUUGGUGUUAUUCCUUCGGAUUUUAGUUAUGCAGGCCUCAAAGACAAGAAAGCCAUCACCUAUCAAGCAAUGGUUGUUAGAAAAGUGACUCCAGAGAGGUUGAAAAAUAUUGAAAAAGAAAUUGAAAAGAAAAGAAUGCAUGUCUUUAAUAUUCGGUCUGUAGAUGAUUCCCUGAGACUUGGUCAGCUCAAAGGAAAUCACUUUGAUAUUGUCAUUAGAAAUUUAAAAAAACAAAUAAAUGAUUCUGCAAACCUGAGAGAGAGAAUUAUGGAAGCAAUAGAAAAUGUUAAGAAAAAAGGCUUUGUGAAUUACUAUGGACCACAGAGAUUUGGGAAGGGAAGGAAAGUUCACACAGACCAAAUUGGACUAGCUUUGCUGAAGAAUGAAAUGAUGAAAGCCAUAAAAUUGUUUCUUACACCAGAAGACUUGGAUGAUCCUGUAAAUAGAGCAAAGAAGUAUUUUCUUCAAACUGAGGAUGCUAAAGGCACGCUUUCAUUGAUGCCUGAAUUCAAAGUGCGCGAGAGAGCAUUGCUGGAGGCAUUGCACCGCUUUGGCAUGACCGAGGAAGGUUGUAUCCAGGCAUGGUUCUCUUUACCCCAUUCCAUGCGCAUAUUCUAUGUUCAUGCAUAUACCAGCAAAAUUUGGAAUGAGGCGGUAUCUUACAGACUUGAAACCUAUGGAGCAAGAGUGGUGCAGGGUGAUUUGGUCUGUUUGGAUGAAGAUAUUGAUGACGAGAAUUUCCCAAAUAGUAAAUGUCAACAAAAGCUGUGUAAUUGAGUCUCAGUGGCUAGGAAUGUCGUGGCCUGGAUCAUAUGUACAGAACCAAACCAGAAAGUGUGAGCUGCAGUAUGUGAUUGAUUAAACCUGCAUUCCUGGGGCUCCUUCCUGGGACCCUAACCCACAUCUGGUGCCUGGGAGAGGUCCCCUGGAAAAUGAGAGUGCCGCUACUUGAAAAGAGGGAGUAAGGAUUGCAUAAGCCAGAACAUCAGAUGUCAGCUUCACUGUUUCAUUAAAUGGAUGAAUAGGCAAAAACUGCAAUUACUUUUGCUCCAACCUAAUAGGAAAGAAAUGAUAAGAAAAUGGUCACUAGGAGGCAGCAUAUGUUAAUAAGAAUGGUAAUUUAAUUGAGAUACAGACUCAAACUCUGUGUGAAAAGAAAUCUAGUAGCAUUAUAAGUUUUAUUUUACCUCAUGUGGGGGAGAAGAAAUAUGUCAAUGAUCCCCUUUUGAUAAAUAAUAAAAAAUCAUUAUCAUUUCUUAACACCUCCCAGGAAACAUGUCCAUUUAAAUAUUGGAAAUCACACUAAUUAGUAGGUCAUCCAUUUCUAAUUCAGAUUUUUGGAAGUUAAAGAUUACUUUGACAAGAUACAGCAACAAUUUUUGAAAUGCAUGAGUUUUAUAAGACUUCUUCAUUCAGAAUAACAUUUACAAGGAUAGUUUUGUGAUUGGAAUUUUAGCUGCUUUCUUUUUGGAGCUAUAGGAGAAGAGAAAACAUUUUCUCCUACAUAUUUUGCAGAAUUUCCUUUUAUGAGCAGCAAAAACAAUGUUUCUAUAUAUUUUGAGAUCGAUCACUUAUUUUAUUAGUUAGCACUGAGGAAAGAAAAGGCAGGACUUAGAGGCCCAAAAUAUAAAAUAUGAAAAGGAAAAAGAAUAAAAUUCAUAAUAAAUGGUGUAUGGGGCAUGUAAUAUGCAUCUACAAUUAAAAAUUAUAGAAAACUAAUCUGAUUCCUCAUUUUGAUAGGAUUACUAGACUAACAGAUGUAUCUACAUUUCAAAUCACUUGGUAACUUUUCUUUUUUUGUGUGUGUGUGGGAAAGAUGGAGAAAUGUGAGUUAGACAAUUAAAAACAGGUGAAUUUAUAGUUGGGGAGCAGCCAUACAAGGGAAGCAUGUUUGUUCAUGAAUUGCUGGAUAUCAACCUGGAGGGAAUUCUCUAAAGACAAAGCAUGGUGUUUUAUACCUGACCAUGUUUAUUCAAUGUUUUCAUAAAUUACUUAAAUCACAGUAUGUAGGUAUAUUUCUGACUCUGUGAAAGAGAAAAGGCUAGAAAUCAUGAUGCAAGA